AUGGCUAUUGUUAACAGUAAUUAUGAAUUUACGUACGUUGAUGUCGGACAAAUUACAUCUCCCAAAAACGAAGUUACUGUAAAAAAUAUGAAUUUCGUAUUUCUCACUGAUGAAGCUUUUUCAAUGAGUGAAAAUAUUCUAAAACCAUACUCUCAAAGAGAAUUAAACUAUGAAAAACGGAUCUUUAACUACCGAUUAUCAAGAGCCAGAAAUUGUGUGGAAAAUGAAUUUGGUUUGAUUGCCGCAAGGUUUAGAGUAUUGCAAAGCGCUAUACAUUUAGCCCCACAAAAAGCCACUUACAUAGUAUUAGCCAUAUGCGUUUUGCAUAAUUUUUUAAGAAAACGUGGGGGCUCCUACAUUUCAAGUUCUACAUUUGAUAGGGAAGAUAAAAAUCAUGAUUUGUUAUAUUUGUAA